CGAGAUGUUCAGUCGAUGCCUGCGCGUUUUAAAGAACGCGACGUGACGCGAUAACGAGGUAAUUUUGAAAAUCGGAAAACUCGCGCGCUGAAAAUUUCGGCGAGGAGUACCCAGGAACAUUACUGUGCCAAAUUGGGGAGCGAAACGGUUAUUGUCAGGGAAUACAUUUUAUCGCAGCCUUGUGGAUGGACUGAAAAAAAGUUUUGUGGGAAAGUUGUGAACAAGUUUAUUUUUUCGAAGAGUGUCCUUUGAAAAGCUCCCCAACUUUCCAAAGACGAUAAAGCAGAGAUACUCAAAACGAUGCGCCCGCAGGAGCUGCCCGCGCGAAAAUAGGAAGGCCGAUUAGGGACCGAAAGAUGGCCGUCCUUCUGAAGAGAGCGUUGCAAUUGAAUCUCGCCCUGGCCGUCGCAGUUGUUGCGCUGUUAGCCGGCAAUGGCAACUCUACAAUCCCCGCGGAAUCGGCUAUGUUCGAAGCGGCAGUGGGGAACUCUUCGUCUACUUUGGAGACGACUUUUCAAUCUUCCGAUCCGACCGAAUCCUCUAGUAACCCUUUUACGAAGGCGGAGACUACAACCGAAGUGGUUCGUCACAGCGUGGCUCGCGGCUUCCCUAUGCCACACUACCACCAGGACUCCAGGUGGGGUCCAUUUUUCGAGGAGGGUCAGGAUCCCCACAACAUUACCGCUAGGGUUGGAUCCACAGUUGUCCUCGACUGUCGCAUCGGCCUUCUGCAGGAUAAGACGGUUAGUUGGUUACAUCAUAAAGAAGAAUCAAUGCAUUUGCUUACCGUUGGCAGAAACGAAUAUAGCAGUGAUGAACGCAUAACUUUAAGUUUUCGUUAUCCAAACAACUUUAGACUUGAAAUAGCGUACGUGACAAGGAGGGAUGAAGGUCUGUACGAGUGCCAAGUAACCACACAUCCACCGAAAGUCAAGAAGAUUUUUCUCAAGGUCACAGCUCCGGAAAUAAAAAUAUCAGACGAAUCCGGCCGAACCGCCACCGAACGUUAUUACAAGGCCGGUAGCGCACUGGAACUAACUUGCUUGGCAUCUCAAAUUGGAGGUCCGAUGGAGGAACAUCCUAUAAGCUGGAAACACGGAGAUCGCACGCUCAGCAAAGGCAUCAGCUCCAACACCUCCGGCGGAGCCGAUAGCGCCGUCUCUACCUUGACCGUCGCACCAUUGGAGAAGAAGCAUUCCGGAAACUACACAUGCGCCGUUGGUACCUUGGCAUUCUCUACGGUAGCCGUGCACGUCCUCAACGGAGAAUUGCCGGCUGCAGUGCAUCACGGAAAUGGAGCAAUAUGCUACAACCUCGGUGCGGUGUUCUUUCUGUUGCCGAUGCUGUCGACGACGUUAUGGCUUAGGUGACCGAUGUUGGGGGAUGCUUCGGGAGCUUCAAAUUGAGUGGAAACAAUGGAUGGAGGCGGUCGGACGGUACAACCACCAACUAUCAUAUCACGAUUCGGAAAAAUAAUGCCUCAAAAUUGCGCGAAAAAUGCAAAAUAAAAACAACGGUGACUGGACCAAAGCUUACGGAAGACUGUAGAGAGUUGGAAAAAAUAUAUUAAGAACUUCGAUGUUUCUGAAAUACUCACCGUGGGAAAACAUAUUAGAUGUAUAUUUAAUCCCUAAACGGUUCAGUUUUUUGUUUUGAUAUAAAAAUGAAUAAAAAAACGUAAUAAUACAACCAAAAAAAAAAGCUGCGAGGAUUUAUCUCCCGGAGACAUCUGCGGCGAGAUUUACCAGUAUAAAACGAGAGGGUGGACUACGUGUUAUCCGUUCAAUAUAUACGUUGCACUCCACGCUUAAGUGUUUAAUAAAAAACGAUAAAGUAAGUUUGCGAAAAAUUUAUUUCUGGGUGGAUCUCGAGGCGUCCGCCCACCGGGUUUCGGAUAGGAAAAGUGUUAAGGUGACGGAUUAUGUGAUAUAGAUAAAAAUUUACUGUACAUUACCGUUGACGAUGGAAGAGUAUCGAUAUUUUUGCCUCCUUUUUUUCGAGGCAGAUAUAAACCCAACUCUUGAUGUGGCGGCCCGUAGAUCUUUGGAUUGAUAUUAUUUCAAUUGUAAACAUAUAUUAAAAAAUCGUUAUUUUGAAGUUGUCUAUAUAAAUGAAGAUUUCAAAUAUCAUUAUCAUAAACUGUUACGUAUAAUAUAAA